AGUUUGGUAUUGUAGUUGGUGAUAGCUACUUUAUUACACAAGUAGAAAUUUUAGUGAUAAACAAAAAAAGCCCAACCAAGUUUGCGAUCAUAUUUAAACAAAAUUAGUUUUUGAUAAACUGAAUAUUUAAACAUUUUGUACAAAAUGUAUAAAUUAAAUUUUUUUUUGAAAAAGUAACAACAACUCCUUUACAUCGAAAUUGACUGAUUUAAAAAAAAAGCUUGAUUUCCCUUCAUUUUUUUCAAAGACAUUGAUUAAAGAUCGUUUGAAAAAAGUUUAACUUUAAAUUGAACAGUUCGGUUAAAAUUUAUUUACGAUUUUCAACUGUAUUAUUUUAUUUAUCAGCUGUAAAACUUAAAAAAAAAAAACAAAAACCUGUGCUAAAUAACUGACUCCCCUAUGUCGCCAGCAUCUCACGUAGAUAGAACGACUGCGAUGAUUUCACUUGUUGCAACUGUGCAGUCCAUUUCGUCGACUUCAUUGUAUUCUACAACAAAAUCAUCAACAAUAUAUAAGUAUAAUAAUCCUUCCAUAACAAAGGCACCUUUAUCAUGGAAUUCGGAUACUCCUACAACAAAAUCAAAUAUUGUGUUCAGUUCAAGUCAAUUGGAGGCUACAAAAAACAUGGAUAUAUUAGAACCCACCUUCACUUCAACAGUUACAAGUGAGAAAGUUUUAAAUGUGGGUGAUUUGAGCUCAUCUUUGCAACAUUUCGGUUGGAUGGAUUAUUCUGUUUUUGUAAUGAUGUUGGUAGUUUGUGCGGCUAUUGGCUUUUAUUUUGGUUUUAUCGAAAAAAAGAGCAAGGGAAAAUGUAAAGAACAGCGAAGAGGGUCGGAGGCUUUGGAUUAUCUGGUUGGCGGGAGGAAAAUGAAGGUGUUUCCAGUUUCGUUAUCACUUAUUGCAAGUUUCGUCUCAGGAAUUUCUUUAUUAGGAACAUCAACCGAAAUUUAUGUCUAUGGAACACAAUAUGCCUUUAUAUUUAUUGCUAUUAGUAUUGCUGCAUUUAUUUCAUGGUACAUCUUCCUGCCAGUCUUUUGUAAUUUACAAUUGACUUCAACUUAUGAGUAUUUUGAAAUGCGUUUCGACAAACGAAUACGUCUCUUCGGCUCGACUCUCUUUGCUAUCGGAACCACAUUUUGGCUUCCAAUUGUUAUUUACGUUCCAGCACUCGCAUUCAAUCAAGUUACUGGUAUAAACAUUCAUAUAAUCACACCUAUAGUUUGUAUCGUUUGCAUAUUCUAUACCAUGGUUGGUGGAUUGAAAGCUGUCAUAUGGACAGAUGUUAUACAGACUUUUAUUAUGCUUGGAUCAAUUAUUUUGGUAAUCAUAAAGGGUACCAUCGAUGUUGGUGGUCUUGGUGUUGUUUGGAAGAGAAACUUCGAUAGUGGAAGAAUUGAAAUUCCUGAAUUGACAAUGGAUCCCACGGUCCGUUUUUCAAUGCUUUCGGUAUUUAUUGGGGGUUCUUUAUACUGGACGCAGGUUACAGCUGGUAAUCAGGUUAUCGUACAACGUUUUUUGUCAGUUUCAAGCUUGAAAGAGGUGAAGGAAGCAUUGAUAUACUUCAGCUUAGGAACUUUUCUAUUGUUGGGUUGCUGUGCCUACAACGGUCUUCUUAUCUUUGCAACAUACCAUGAUUGUGAUCCAUUAAGCACAAAGCUGGCGAAAGCUAAAGAUCAACUCGUCCCUCUUUUAGUAAUGGACAUACUUAAAUUUAUUCCUGGUCUUUCUGGUUUGUUCGUGUCGGGUGUUUUUAGUGCGGCAUUGAGUUCUCUAUCAACUGGCCUAAAUUCCUUAUCAGCUGUAUUUUUAGAAGACUUUGUAAAGCCUAACGUCAACCUACCUUUGACAGAACGACAAACUGCUCUCAUUAUGCGGCUUGUUGUCCUCAUAAUGGGUGUCUUAUGUGUAGGAUUGGUUUUUGUUGUGGAAAAGCUAGGAAUGGUUCUACAGCUGUCAAUGACUCUUAGUUCAAUAACAAAUGGACCUCUGUUUGGUCUUUUCAUUAUGGGACUUUGUUUACCGUACAUCAAUGGUAAGAGUGCGUUGACUGGUAGCAUUGUAGCUUUUAUGACUAUGACAUUAAUUUGUAUCAAAGGCCAAUUAGCUUCCAUCAAUGGAGAAUUAGUAUUCCCUACAAAACCUGUGAGCACUCAAGGCUGUACGUACUUCUUUGAACCCAUCCCAUUAGUGAAUGGUAGCUUGGAAGCACCAAGUAUAACGCCAACAUUACUGCAAUCCGUUUAUCAUAUGUCAUUUAUAUGGUAUGUGACAGCCGGAAUGGUUAUAACAGUGUUAUUUGGAAAUAUCGCCACGUUAUUCUUUGGAACCACUGAUCCCUCAAAUAUUGAUUUGAAUCUCUACUCACCUUUAAUAAGUAGAUUUCUGAAGCCAGAAAAAUAUGUUAGUGUAAACAGAGAUGACACCGUGAUACUAGCAUAUGCAGUGAACGAAAACCUUCCAAAAUGAUGUUUCUAGUUUUUUAUUUUGUUUUCUGCGAUUGAAUUAGCGAGAACAAUAAAUUUCAUAAGUAUUUUGUUUUUGCA